UGCCUGGUGAGCCUCACAGGCCAACGCCCUAACAUGCUCGCUGUGGCGCUGCAGCUGCUCAUCCUCCUGGCAGGCCUGAAUGCCAUGAACGCCAACAACCCAGAAGCCGAAGAGGAAGACAAUCCUUUCUACUAUGAUUGGAAGAAACUCCGGAUCGGAGGCCUCAUCUGCGCAGGGGUUCUGUGCGCCACGGGCUUCAUCGUCCUCCUGAGUGGGAAAUGCAAAUGCAAGUUCAGACAGAAGCCCAGCCACCGGUCAGGCCAAGGCCCACCACUCAUCACUCCAGGCUCUGCAAGUAACUGUUGAGGACUGAUAAGAACAUGGAUGGGGCCUCUCAUCCAUCCCCAUCUCCCGGGUGGCGCAGUGGGUUGAGCGCUGUGCUGUGAAGCUGUCCGCAGCCUCUGCAGCGCGGGUUCGAUUCCCAGCCAGCCAGGGAGAUUCCCACGUGGUGCAGCAGACCUCUCCUGUCUCGCCAGUUGCUCCCCUCAGUAGUGUAGGGGAGCAACUCCCCCACACUACAGUAGUUGCUCCCCUGAUGUUCAUUAUGUUCUUUUGCCUGUUCUGCUCCCUGCUCUGUCUUGGUGAAUUCUCUCACCCUCCCGCGCCUCUGACCUGUGCCCCAGCUCUUGCAUAAAUAAAUGAAUCUUUAAUAAAUAAAUAAAAUGCUAGAAGCCUAUGAGGGUAGGAUUGGAAAAAAAGAAAAAAGAACAUGGAUAGACAGAGGAACAGCUGGCUAGCUACUUUCCCUAUGUCGUGACGCAGCACGGAGCUGGAACCGGGAUGGAAUUCCCCCUCCUCCCCGCUGAUUGUCUUGCCAGGAACUUGUCCACCUCACCUUGAAGCGGCAUUUCUUUGCUCAAUUUUUUUUUUUUAAUCUAAAUCAGUCUUGCCCAGGGAGACCUCUCCUGACUCGCCCUCUGCUCCCCUCAGCAGUGUAUUUCAGUCAGUCUGCCUGUUCUGCUCCUCAGUAUGUCUCUGAUGAAUCCUUUCACUUUUCCACACAUCUGACCUGUACCCCUGUUCUUGUAUAAAUAAUUAAAAGAAAUCUCAAAAAUAAAUAAACA